AUGAUUGACACGUUAACUCUUCAACAGACGUUGCCAGAUAUUUUUAUCUUUUUCGGCGGUACCAUAUUCCUCGCUAUGGUACUGAUGCAGUACAUCGACUGGUCGUGCAUCUUCACCGCGUUCAAUUGCCCAAAGAAAAAUCAUUCACGCGUGCCGUUUCUCUACGGUGAGGCGACCGGGCCGGAGUUCUGGAAAUGCAAGUAUCCGGAGUCGCGAGGGGUUCAGCAAUCGCCCAUCAAUAUCAACAGUCAAGACGUUUGCUGCAUGAAUACGGCUCAGCCGCUCUGCUGGUUCGGUUACGGAGACGAGCCCGCAACGAUGACCAUCGCCAACGACGGAAAUACAGUCGAGAUGUUCGGAUACUGGCCCUGUCCCACUCGUCCGAUGCUCAGAGGCGGCCCGCUGAGAUGCGCCUACGAGUUUCACUCGGCCCUAUUUCGCUGGGGUCCCGGCGAUGACGAGGGCAGCGAGCACACCCUAGACUACGAGCGUUAUCCCAUGGAGCUUCAAGUCGUGCACGUGAAACGCGGCGCUGGCAGCUUCCAAGACAUCACGGCUUGCAGAAUCAAGGACGGCAUCCUCAUUAUGUCAUAUUUUUUUCAGGUGACGAGCAACGACAAUCCGUAUCUCGAUCACGUGGUGCAAAAUCUGCGCCGAGUCCGCUGCCCUGGCGCCUUCGUGCAGAUACCGGCUUUUCCGCUCGAGUGGCUCUGCCCGAAAUUCGAGAGCAAGUACUACCAUUACCAGGGCUCGAUAUCUCACCCUCCCUGCAGCGAGAUCGUCGUCUGGCUAAUAAAUCCCGAGCCAAUUGCCAUAUCGGCUUCACAGAUAAUGGAAUUUCGAAAGAUCAACUCGAUAGAGGGGCCGAUACUGUCGAAUUGCCGGGCCGUGCAACAUCUGAACGACCGACAAGUUUUCUAUUAUCCCUGA